AUCCCACGAUGUCUUGGUUGGUUGAUUUAGCUGGCCGAGCUGAGGAUUUCCUGAACAAAGUGGACCAGGGAGCUGCCACCGCCCUGGUUAAACACUCAAGCCACAGUUCUUCCUGGCAGCGUUCGACUCCAGAGCCGGAAUUAACACCGUACGAAUCCCGUCACAUCUUCACUGGCCAGGAGACGCACGGUUUAAUCUCUGCUGCUGCCGGGAACAUUAAGAAAUCCAAAGCCACCGUGUUAGCAGGCACAGCUAAUGUGUCCAGCAAAAGUUCUCUGGGUUCAGCUGUUAGCAAAAGCAGCAGUGGCAGUGCGGUCAAAGCCUCGUCCAACUUUGUGAGACCCAAGCGAGCUGAAGUGGACGAUGAUCUGCUGUUUGACUUUCUGAACAGCUCAGAUCCGCCUCAGAGCGACAGGAAGGAGGUGAGGAAAGACACAGCGGUCCGGGCUCCUGCAGUGGCUGAAGGGAUGUUACUGGGGCAAGCGACUGUCCCAUCUGCCCCGGCUACUCCCCCUUCUACACAGGCUCUGUCCCGGACCUCCAGCCUUGGCUCCCUCACUGCCAGCACACACAGCGCCAAGACUGAGAAUGAUUCCGCUCGAGACGGAAGCCAAGUUGACACCCUGGAAAGCUCAGAUUCAGGCCUGGCAGCAGCAGAAGCAGCACCAGAUGUUCAGGUCAUGGUGGAGUCGAGCUCAACUCAGGAGGAACAGCUUAGUCAGGUGGUGUCUGGUCUGCGUUUGGAGAACCAGCUCCCGAACGAAGUGUCCUCGCUUAACCAGGAGAUGGCGUCGCUCAUCCAGAGAACCAAGGACACACAGGAGGAGCUGAACCAGUCCCGAUCUCGAUCUGAGAAGUGGAACACGGAGCAGAUUCGCUCAGACCGUAUGGGCAGGGAGCUGAGGGCGCAGGUUGAUGAUCUCACGCAGGCCCUGACAGCUAAGGACGCUCAGCUGGCUGUGCUCAGGGUGCGACUGGACGAGGCGGAUCAGUUACUGAAGGCCAGAAGCUCGGCAUUGGAAGAGGCUCAGAGCGAGAGGACCAGGAUUCUGCAGGACCACAGUGAGGGGAGCAGUUUGCACUCUCAGGCAUUACACACUGUGCAGGAGAGACUCCGAGAGGCUGAGGCAACUCUGACUCGAGAGCAGGACAGCUACAGACAGAUGCAGAGCGAGUUUGCGACGCGGCUUUCGAGGACAGAAGAGGAGCGGCAGACCUUGGCCGAGUCGUUGACGAGUGCCGAGCGCAGAGUGGCAGAGGAAAGACAAAAAGCAGAGGAGCUCCAGCAGCAGGCAAAAACCGCUCGAGCCGCAGCCGAUUACGCCAAACAGGAGCUGCAAGACUACAAAAACAAAGCCUCACGUAUCCUCCAGUCCAAAGAAAAGCUGAUCAGCAGUCUGAAGGAGGGCUCGGCUUUGGAGGCGCUGGACAUCGGAGGAGCGGGCGAAGUGGAGCUUGAGGAGUUACGGCACGAGAAGGAGAUCCAGAAGGAGGAGAUUCAGAAACUUCAAGCUCAGAUCCAGAGCCUCCGUUCUGAAAUACAGGAGCUGGAGAACCAGGCUGUGGUUGAGGCUGAGAGCUGGAGAGAGCAGCAGCUGGAGCUACAGGAGCAAAACUUACAACAGAGCCGACAGAAGCAAGAGGUGGAAGCUGAACUGGAGCGCUGCAAACAGGAGCUGCAUUAUGUGGAGGACGAACACCAUCGCACUAAAAGCACGCUGCAGAGUCGCAUCAAAGACCGAGAGGAUGAGAUUCAGAAACUCAGGAACCAGCUGACCAAUAAGGCUCUGAGCAGCAGCAGCCAGGCGGAGCUCGAAGGUCGUCUGCAUCAGCUCACUGAAACCCUGAUCCAGAAACAGACCAUGCUGGAGGCACUUGGCACAGAGAAGAGUUCACUCGUCUUCCAGCUGGAGCGCCUCGAGCAGCAGCUGAAGAGCGUGCAGGGAGGCCAGAGCGGCGGCUCCCACAUCAACAUGACCGCCAUGGACGGAGCAGGCGCGAGGCAGAGAAACACACCGGUGCUGUUCGGCGAUCAGGACGGCUCCGAGACAGGCGUGUAUGGGAAAGUGCGCAAAGCAGCGAGCACCAUAGAUCGCUUCAGCAUCCGGUUGGGGAUCUUCCUCAGACGUUACCCCAUGGCCAGAGUCUUUGUAAUUGUUUAUAUGGCACUACUGCACCUCUGGGUGAUGAUCGUCCUGCUGACAUACACACCCGAGAUGCAUCCACAGUCUCAUCCUGAUGGCAGAUAGAAGAAUAUAUUAUGUAUAUCAAACCUUUAUCAGAUGAUCUACAUGUAUAGGAAUGAAAUUAUAUGAUCCGUCACGAGCCGGACAACAGCAAACGCGCAUUCUCUCUGAGCAUUUUAUUCUUCUCCAUUUCUUUCUUUUCUUCAUUUUUAAAUAAAUAAUCUGCAGUGUGGAGGCGAAAUUCUGUGAGGUAUUUAAUGACCGACUUCUAUUUAAUUUUUUCUCACAGAAAGUUUGCAUUUGAUUUUUACUCAUGGCUCUUUUUGGUACAACAUGUCUGUAAUUCUUCACUUUGUGUUCUUUUAAUAGACAUUAAAACACUAAAAAGAAAGAC